CAAUCCGGUGUAGGUGACAUCUGAAAACAUACCCUCCAGGAAUGUAUGAUUUUUACGACAUUCUACCUUUACGUGGACGAUAACUAACAUGCUAAUAUUUUUUUGUCACGCAGCCAGCACUGAAAACGAAUGGGGAUUGAAUUGCUUUGCCUCUGUUUCCUCUUUCUGCAAAGAAAUAACUAUGUGCAAGGGACCUGUUCUCAGGAAAGUGCAGUGACUUGUGAAGAUUGUUUGCUUUCCGGACCACACUGCGCUUGGUGUUUUCAAGAGAAUUACACAGACUCAGCUGGAAUUCAUGGGAGGUGUGAUACCCCAGAAAACCUUUUGUCAAAAGGAUGCCAGUUGAAUUUGAUUGAAUUUCCCAUUUCAGAAGUAGAAAUUCACAGAAACAAGCCCCUAACACUAGUGACCCAGAAGAACAAUUCUGAUGUCACACAGAUUUCUCCUCAAAAAUUAACUCUAAGGCUGCGACCAGGACAUGAAGAAACAAUACAGAUCAAGGUCCGCCAAACUGAAGAUUAUCCAAUUGAUCUCUAUUACCUCAUGGAUCUUUCCGCCUCCAUGGAUGAUGAUCUGAAUACAAUCAAAGAACUGGGUUCAACUCUUUCUAAAGAAAUGUCAAAACUGACAAGCAACUUCAGACUGGGGUUUGGAUCUUUUGUUGAAAAACCAGUUUCACCAUUUAUCAAAACUACAGCUGCAGAAAUAAACAACCCUUGCAGAAGUGUACCAUACGAGUGCUUACCCACCUUUGGAUACAAACAUGUUUUGCCACUAACAAAUGAUGCUGAAAAAUUCAAUGAAAUUGUGAAAGGACAGCGAAUCUCUGCUAAUAUAGACACUCCAGAGGGAGGAUUCGAUGCAAUUAUGCAGGCAGCUGUUUGCAAGGAAAAAAUUGGAUGGAGGAAUGAUUCUCUACAUUUGCUGGUGUUUGUGAGUGAUGCGGAUUCCCAUUUUGGGAUGGACAGUAAACUGGCAGGGAUUGUUAUUCCUAAUGAUGGGAACUGUCAUUUGGACCACAAUAACGAGUAUUCCAUGUCAACUGUUCUGGAGUAUCCCACAAUUGGACAAUUAAUUGACAAACUUGUGCAAAACAAUGUUCUAUUAAUUUUUGCUGUAACGAAUGAGCAAGUUCACAUAUAUGAGAACUAUGCAAAGCUUAUUCCUGGAGCUACUGUUGGACGACUACAGAGGGAUUCUGGAAAUAUUCUCCAGCUGAUCAUUGCUGCAUAUCAGGAGCUGAGGUCCGAGGUGGAGCUGGAGAUCUUGGGUGAGACAGAAGGUCUCAAUCUCUCUUUCACAGCCAUCUGUAACAAUGGGACCUUUUUUCCACAUCAGAAGAAAUGCUCUCACGUGAAGGUGGGAGACACAGUCUCUUUCAACGUGACUGUAAGUCUCUCCUCCUGUGAAAAAACCAGAAGGCAUAUUGUGAUAAAACCAGUGGGGCUCAGUGACACGCUGGAAAUGGAAAUUCAUCCCCAGUGCAACUGUAACUGUCAGGCCAAGGCGGAGGCGAACAGCCCCAAAUGCAACAAAGGGAGAGGGUCGUUCGAGUGCGGGGUGUGCGUCUGCAGCCCGGGGUACGUGGGGCCGCACUGCGAAUGCGACGAGAGCUCCCUCGGCACCAGCUCCUGCAAGGGCUCGGCAGAGCAGAGCUCCUGCAGUGGCAGAGGAGACUGCUACUGCGGGCAGUGCGUUUGCCACCCGUCCCUGUACGGAAAAGUGUACGGGCCGCGCUGUGAAUGCGAUGACUUCUCCUGUGUGAGACACAGAGGGCUCCAGUGUGGAGGCAAUGGUGACUGUGACUGUGGAGAAUGCAUGUGCCACAGUGGAUGGACUGGUGAAUACUGUAAUUGCACAACUGACACUAGCGCCUGCAUUGCUGAGGAUGGGACGCUGUGCAGUGGGAGAGGCGAAUGCAUCUGUGGGUCAUGUGCUUGCACCCAUCUGGGGGCUUCAGGCCAAACGUGUGAAAAAUGUCCUCUCUGCGGUGACCCUUGCACUUCCAGGCGGAGCUGUGUGGAAUGUCACUUGGCUUCCAAUGACAAGUCACCGGGAGAAUGCAGUGACAAAUGCAAAUUGGUUGAUGCAACUAUCAGCACCACAAAGGAUUAUUCAGAGGAUAAAUCCAUUCCCUGCUCUUUGCAGGGGGAAAACGAAUGUAUAACCACAUUUCUACUGGCUAUGGAUGAGCAGGGAAGGACAGUCAUUCAUAGCAUAGAACAGAAAGAUUGCCCACAGCUUCCAAACAUCCCAAUGAUAAUGGUGGGCGUCACCCUUGCUAUCCUCCUCAUUGGCAUUGUUUUACUUUGUAUAUGGAAAUUACUGGUGUCAGUUCAAGACCGAAAAGAGGUGGCCAAGUUUGAAGCAGAAAAAUCGAAAGUUAAAUGGCAAACGGAAACAAAUCCACUGUACAGAGGCUCAACAACCACUUUUAAAAAUGUAACUUACAAGAACCAAGAAAAGCAAAAAGGGGCCAUGGCUGCAGAUUUCUGUUAGCACCUCCGACACUACAAACUUAGUUUGACUGGCAGAAAAUCUAAACCCACUUGUUUCUUCUCAGCUGAUUAUGUGAUAUUUGUUUGCACAUUGCAGUGGUAUAAUCAUUCUGUUAGAGAAAAUAUAUCUUGUGUUGGGAAAACUAUAGAUAACACAUUAGUGGUAAAGGUUAGCAGAAAUAU